AUGGCAAAUGCGCUAUUUCUAGGUGCGAAGUAUAGCCCAAGCAAAGGUAAUUUUGCCUGGCCUGAUGAUACGGAAGUUGUUUACAACGCAUGGAAUCCAGGAGAGCCUCGAUUUGGAUUGGACUGUUCUCUAAUGAUGAAUAGGAAAGGCUGGGGUACAGAUAGGUGCGACAUGGAACGAAGCUUUAUUUGUAAGAAAGAACUGAAGAAUUACAAGCGAAGUGAAGUCAAGGUAAAGACGGAAAAGAAAGAAGACUACAAGUGGUAUGCAGAAGACUGGGACGAGUGUUCGGUUUCUUGUGGUGGAGGCCAAAGAAAUAGGAAGACAUUUUGCGGUGUUGACAACAAGAGAGAGGUUGAAGACACUUUGUGCGAGGAUCCUCCACCCGCAGCAUGGCAAGAAUGCAACGUGGAACCAUGCCCCUCUGAAUAUAAAUGGAACGUGGGAGACUGGCAAGACUGCAGUAGGACUUGUGGAGGUGGAACCAAACGCCGAACAAAGAUGUGUGUUGGAAAAAAUAUGAUAUCUACCUCCUGGAAAUUAUGUAAGGACAAAGCACCAGUUACUAAACAGAAGUGCAACACUGAGCCUUGUCCAAGAAGAAAGAUUCAACUAUCACCAUCACCAGUCUGGAAGGUGAGCUCUUGGAGCAAGUGUUCUAAGACUUGUGGAUCUGGGCAUCAGAUAAGAGGUGUAUUUUGUUCCAGGAGCAAUAAUAAACCACUAAAUACGUCGGCUUGUGAUGGGAAAACAAAACCCACUGAUCUGCGACGGUGUUUUUUGAAGGAAUGCAUACUUAAAAGAGUCCACAGGUGCUCUGAUAGUCACGUGAUGUGUAAAACUUGGGCGAAGCAGGGGAGUUGCAAGACUAGUGCGUGGGUUCGAUCAAAAUGUCGACGUCGAUGCAAGACAUGUUAAACACACGUGGACCAGAGACGAUUCAAAAUGAACGAUCUAUUUUCCUGCGCACAGAAUGAUAAUGCGCCUAAAUAAUAAAAUAAUGUUAUAGGAUUUCAUCAGGGCUAGAUGCUGUAGAGAUAGAUAGAUCUAGUGGAUAGAUCACGUGUGUCCGUGAAUGUGUGUCCUAAGUAGGCAUAUCUGAUGUUUUGUUGUAAAAAUUCGAAGAAAAUGUUUGUAAGUUACCAUGGUUGUAAGACUGCGAGGCUCGCAAUUCGGUCUCUUAUCACACCAGAUAACACAAUUGAAAGAAUAAUUUGUUAUUUAGCAGGAAGAUUUUCCACAACAAUGCGCGCCCUCAUUGGCUACUUCGUGGACACAUGACGUUUAACAAUAAAAUUGUU